CUUCCUGACGCUGGCAGACAGGCCAGUGAACUGUCAUAACAGACUGAAGUCAAGACACAGAAGAAGUGGCGAAGGUAUUGUCAAGUUUUCUCGUCGAAGACUGGUGUGCUAUUAAACUGACCCUCGUUUGAUUCCAUCGAUAUGGGGCGUGCCUGACGUCAGCUGACACUGAUAACCAAUAUAUUAUCUUCCCUUGAGCACAUGUUCAUUUGAUUGACCUUAUUUUAGUUUGACCGUUAUAAAGGCCCUGUCAUCAUGUCGGACUCAAAUGGGGUGGAACAAGUUACUCAAGGAGUAGGGCAGUUAUCUACCUCAAACGGUGUGAAACCUGGCACUGUGGAGGGACAAAGUUUUAAAACUAAGGCAAAAAUAGUAUUUAAACCCAGUAGUGCUGGAGAUGGGGGUAUAGGGACAAACAUUUUUGGAACUGAGAAGCCAGAUAUAAAACCAUCAAGUAACGUCAACCCAAACACAAACACUGAAGUAGCACCAGUUUCAUGGAAUAAACCUGCUCCAGUUGAUGCACCAAUUUCCUGGGAUAAACCAUCUGUGGAUGUUGCACCAAUUUCCUGGGAUAAACCAUCUGUGGAUGUUGCACCAAUUUCCUGGGAUAAGCCUGUUGCCGAGAGUGCUCCUGUAUCCUGGAAUAAACCUGUUGCUGAAAUUGCUCCAAUUUCUUGGGAUAAACCAGCUGACACAGAUGCGGAAAUUAAUGCUGUUUCAUGGGAGACCCCAGAUUCCAAACCUAAAGAGGAGCCGAUUUAUGCUAAAGUCAACAAGUCUCAGAUUGUUCCAGCUGGGAAUGGCAGUGCCUCAACAUCAAAUGAAUGGGUACCAAGUUUUAACAUUACUGACGGUACACAAUUGUAUUUAAAUGAAACUGCUACUCCAGACAUGAACUUUUCUCCGCUGAAUGCUACCACAGUGGUUGAUGAUGAGGAUGAUGCAAAUAAAGUAUCAAAUAUGAUGGAUCAAUGGUAUUUGAUAAAAAUGACCUUAGUGAAGGCGGUGUAAAAAUUGAUUUCAGUGAAAAAGAACGAGCCAAGAACUGGGAUCCCACUCCAUUAGUUCGUGACAUGUACUGUGAGACUCAACAAUUGCAUGAAUUGUCAGAAGACAUUACAACUACGUGUAGAAUGGAAGGUUAUAUCGAGAAAUUACCAGUUGGACAGACCAAAGCGUCACUGAUAAAAGGAUGGAAGAGGAGAUACUUCAGAGCUAAAGAAGGAAAUUUGUUUUAUUAUGAGG